AUACAUGAAAUUCCUAACCUCUUUUACGUAUCUCGUAACUAACCUAAAAAUUAAAUAUUUCCCAAGUUGUUUACCACGUUGCAUGGCCUUUUUAUGAAAUCUGUUAGCAAAUAAGAAGAGGGCGGAUACAACAUGGGCAAAGGUGUUAAAAGACUCGCUAGUAGUAAUGAUAGUGGACCUAUUAAGAAGAAGCAAAAGAAAAUAAAGUUAAAGAAACGCAAGAAUGUAGAGCAAACUGAUGGGAAGACAAACAAAACAGAUGUAGUCGAUUCCGUGGAAGUAAAUAAUGGAGACAUGGACACAGAAAAUUGUGACUUGAAAGAUAAACUUCCCGGCUCAAGCUCUACCUUGGAAAUUUUAAGCAGUUGUACCUUCGAAUCCUUGAAGGACAAAGUUUGUGAAAACACCCUGAGGGCCAUCGCCGACAUGGGGUUCACCACUUUAACAGAGAUCCAAGCCAGGUCGAUACCUUCACUGUUAGAAGGUAGAGAUUUGGUGGGCGCUGCAAAAACAGGCUCGGGCAAAACGCUAGCAUUCCUGAUACCCGCUGUCGAGCUGAUUUACAAGUUAAGGUUCAUGCCGCGUAACGGUACCGGCGUCAUAAUUAUUUCGCCGACCCGCGAACUGAGCAUGCAGACUUUUGGCGUUCUGAAAGAACUGAUGAAGUACCACCACCACACUUACGGUUUGGUGAUGGGGGGCACCGCCCGUCAGGCCGAGGCUCAGAAGCUCGCCAAAGGUAUAAAUAUCCUAGUGGCGACGCCCGGGAGGUUACUCGAUCACCUGCAGAACACGCCGGACUUUCUGUACAAGAACUUGCAGUGUCUGGUCAUCGACGAGGCGGACAGGAUUCUCGAGGUCGGUUUUGAGGAGGAGAUGAAGCAGAUUAUCAAUCUUUUACCGAAACGGAGGCAGACGAUGCUGUUCAGCGCCACCCAGAACAAGAAAACCGACGCCCUGACGUCUCUGGCUCUGAAGAAGGAACCGAUUUACGUGGGCGUCGACGAUGCCAAGGACGAGGCGACGGUCUCGGGUUUGGAACAGGGGUACGUCGUGUGCCCCUCGGAGAAGCGACUGCUGGUGCUCUUCACAUUCCUCAAGAAGAACCGGAAGAAGAAGGUCAUGGUGUUCUUCAGUUCCUGCAUGUCGGUCAAGUACCACCACGAGCUGUUCAAUUACAUCGACCUUCCCGUGAUGUGCAUUCACGGCAAGCAGAAGCAGAACAAACGUACCACCACGUUCUUCCAGUUCUGCAACGCGGAAACGGGCAUCCUCCUCUGCACGGACGUCGCGGCCAGGGGUCUCGACAUCCCCGCCGUCGACUGGAUCGUGCAGUACGAUCCCCCGGACGACCCCAAGGAGUACAUCCACCGCGUGGGCAGGACGGCCCGAGGAGAGGGAGGCAGCGGUCACGCCCUGCUCAUACUCCGGCCGGAGGAAUUGGGCUUCCUGCGGUACCUGAAGCAGGCCAAGGUGCCCCUGAACGAGUUCGAGUUCAGUUGGAGCAAGAUAGCGGACAUCCAGGCGCAGUUGGAGAAUUUGAUCGGGAAGAACUACUUCUUGAACAUGUCCGGCAAGGAGGCCUUCAAAGCUUACGUCAGGGCGUACGAUUCCCACCACCUCAAGACCAUAUUCGACAUAAGCACCCUGGAUCUGGCGAAAGUGGCGUUGUCUUUCGGGUUCAAGGUGCCCCCAGCCGUCGAUCUUAAAGUGUCCGCGAAGAAGGCCGAACGGCCGGAAAAGAAGCGGAAAGGCGGCGGGGGGUUCGGCUUUUACAAGAACAUGAACCAGACGAAUAGCAAGAAUUUCAAGAAGAAUACCGUGUACAGGCAACCGAGGAAGAGAGGGGGGCCCGAUUCGAGGCAGUUUUCUAGAUAAAAUGUUUGUUUUAUGUUAUUGAUAUUAAAGGAAUGGUUUUUCA